AUGACAUGUGCAGUUGUAAUAUUUUUGUGCGGAAGCUUAAAUAUUUUUCUUAUUGGAUUUAUGAUCAAUUUACCGCUGGGAUCACAUUCCAUUGUGCAUUCGUUAUUGUGGAUAUUAAUUACUGGAAAAUAUCACACCCUAGUGUAAAGAGUAUAAUGAAGAAAAUUUAAAAUACAUAAAACAUAAGCAAGAUCUUGGUUAAAUUUAAAGUAAAUCCCAUUUUAUAACGCACUCUAAUAAAAAAAUGUCAACAUUUUUAUUUGACCCGUAUUUGCUAUACGACAAAUCAAUACACAUUGUCAUUACUUGUCCUUACAAAUACAAAAUCAAUGAAGGGCAACAUUGCCAUUUGAUCUAUUUUUUAUUGUUGUGUCGUGUCUCAAACAACUAAUAUUUUUGUCAACGGAAGGGGAGGAGUAAUCGAUCUAUUAAGCUAUACGACAUGGCGACUAGAUCUGAGCUACUAAGCAGAACAAUUAGAAACUGCGCGUUACCAGAUUAAUCGCUGCCAGGCCAGCUCUGUUUCUCUCUAUAUAUGCUAGUCUAGCAGCUGGCUCCUUUUCCCAGGACACCGCAUCCGAAAUUGGCAAAGGCACAAAGAGAUCACUCAGAUCCUAUCAUAUAGUCCUUCCAGAGAGUGAGGGGAGGGGAAGCAUAUGGAAAGGGUGAGCGCUCCUGGUUUUGCAGCGUCAGAGAUUCUUGCCAAGGGAAGGGAGUCAGCUGCCCGUCUGCACGCUAUGCUAGACCAGCAGCAGCUGCCGGAGAUCAGCACGAUGCCCCAUGAGCUUCAGGACCUUGUCGAGCAGAUCCUACAUUGCUGCGACCGAGCCCUCGCCGCGCUGAAUGGGAGCAUGGGCAAGAAGCGCAAGCCAGAGCGCGGUGGCCCAGCUGAUCUGCCUUCUACAACGAGGUCCAAAAGGCUGAGGGUCAGCGGUGGCGAGAGAGGAAUACGAGUGGAGAAGAAAUGGACAAUGGAGGACGGCUUCGCCUGGAGGAAGUACGGGCAAAAGAACAUCCACGGCAGCAAGCACCCGAGGCUCUACUUCCGCUGCAGCUACAACGAUGACAACGGCUGCAGGGCCAGGCGGCAGGUGCAGCAGUCGGAGGCCGACCCUUCCGUCUAUAUCAUAACCUACUUUGAUGAACACACCUGCUGCAUGGGCACCUCACUCAUGGGCAACGACGAAAAGGUAGAGAAGUUCGUCAUCAACUUUGGUUCUGCAGGCGUCAUGGAUGGGGAACUAAAUGGUUCACCCUCGUCGACUUGCGACGAUGACGGCCUGGUGGUGUGUGAGAAACCGGAUUUGUGUAAUUCACCGGAGGAGCUGCAAGCAGCCAUGGACCAUGAGGCUGCUGAGCUUCUCGAGCAGUCAACCCCGGUGCUGGAAGAGCUGGGUAUGAGCUCGCCAUGGUGGCAGCCUCUAGGCGGGUGCCUAGAGUGGGAGGUUGGCCAGUGCGAAAACUUAUUUUAUAUUGGCGAAUCCAUUGACAUCGACAGUCUACUUCAGUAAAUAGAACCUGUGGUGCUUGCAAAAAUCUGUUGCGUUGUCUGACAUAAGGCUUCUUAAACUAAAGAGGGGCCUAUUUUGAAGUGAAAGAUGGAAUAAGAUGGCGUCCAGUAUGCCUGAUUCUACCAAUGAAGUCCAAACAAAGCUACGAAUAUUUAUUAAAAGUUGAUGUCGCAGAUAAUUUGUUGUGUAUGAACUAAUUGAUGUACUAUUCGGUAUAGCCUAGAUUUUUGUCCAAAAAUAUCUGUAGAUUCUCGAGAUCUUGUAUGACGACAGCAUGGAGUAUGACUACUAACAUUAUUAUUUUAUACCACAGUUCAAAUGUAAUUCGACACUCUUUUGUUGUUUCUA